GUCGCCAACUAGCGACAAAACGCGGCACUGCAGUCAUAACGCGAGGAGGAGACAAGGAGGCUCAGUAAACUGCUGGUGAAUGAAUGAGUGUGAAUGGGGAGGAGGAUUAAAUACACUUUAAUGACCCGAAGUAAGCAGUAAGACGACACUGAUAGUUAAAAAAAAAACAUAGACGCUCAUGUUUAGCUCUACAAAAAAAAGAAAAAGAAAAGAAUCAAUCAGAGGCGAACUAACCACACAAGGCUGGAAUGAAGGGAAUGUGAGUGCGGUUCAGACGGAGAGCAGCGCGGUAUGGAAACACUAAUCAACUCGCAGUCCAAGUCAGUGCAACAGUUGCUUGUGUGAACCCGUCGGAGUAAAUGCGACACAGCGCCAGAGGAUGGUUCCCAGUAAGUGGACUAUGAACACCGCUCUUCAUCACAUUCCCCCUCCGAGAAGCUGGCUUGGUAUCCGCCUGCGCCUCCAUGAGAAGGCUGCCCAGGAGGAGGAGUGUGUGGAGUGUCAGCAUCCUGACUGCAGCGAGCGCCGUCGGGCCUCCAAGGUGUGCCAUCAUCCCGACUGCCAGGAUCUGAAUAAUAAGAGUCCUCUUCAACUGUGCGAGUCAUGCGACUCCCGCUGCCACUCUGACGAGACUGACAGCAUGCACUUUGACCGUCACCCUCGCUUUGACCUGCAGACACAGAGUUCCAUCCUGGCCCGGAAUGUGUCUACUCGCUCCUGCCCCACACGCACCAGCCCUCCUUCUGACCUGGACGAGGAGGAGGAGGGCAGCACAGAGAAAGGGGAGCGUAAGGUAGGACCGAUGAAGAUAAGGAAGAAGCCCCGGAGACGUUACACUGAGGACCCCACCAAGGAGUGCUUCACUCUCAAAUUCGACCUGAGCGUCGACGUGGACACGGAGAUCGUUCCCGCCCUGAAAAAGAAGACGUUGAGAGAGGUCCUGGGCCCUGUUUUUGAGCGUAAGGGGAUUGAGCUUUCUCGAGUCGACUUGUUCCUGGACCAGUCCAACACCCCCUUGUCACUCAGCUUUGAGGCCUACCCUUUCGGAGGACACUACAUUAAAGUGAAAGCUCGUCCUGGCGAUGAGCUGAAGGUGGAGAAGGAAGUGAAAGAGUCUCUCACGAUGCCCAAUAUGAACAUUUCAGCUGGGGGUAGUCCCUACAUCCUCAACCCUUCCCAUGACAAGACUGAACACGGCUCGCUUACCCCCCAAGAUAGUGUGGACAUAUUGGGUCAGAGUCAAGCACGUCGGCGGAAGAACAUGACCGAGUUCCUGGGUGAUGCCAACAUCCCGUCUCCAGACUCCCUGGUCCAGCUUGGUGGUUCUCUUCCGACCAUGGCCUCUGCCGGUUACGAUAAACACAAGAACCGCAGCGCUAGCCGCUUUAGCGGUUUCUUCUUCCCCUCUUUCAAGGAGGUGGACCGCAUGGAGCGGCUCAACAAUAGACUGCAGAUGUACACGUGCCAUGGCAUGCCUAAGGUGCAUCCACAUCUCUCCUUCCACCAUGACUCCUGGGAAGAGGAGGAAGAGGAGCCUGACCUGACACUAGAGGACAGCUGGCAACAGCUGCUAGAGAACCCAGAGACUCUGAGCAGACGGCAGUUCCACCAGCAGGAGGCGAUAUGGGAACUGUUCCACACUGAAGCCACCUACAUCAAGAAGCUGAAGGUCAUCACUGAUCUUUUCCUGUGCGGCCUGCUAGACCUGCAGGAUACCGGCCUCCUGAACGAAGUGGAACCAGCCAAGCUGUUCAAUAACAUCCAGGACCUGGUGCGAGUACACACGGCACUGUGGAGUCAGGUCAUGUUACCGGCGCUGCGGAAAGCUCGCCAAGACCGGAGCGUGCUCGAUCCGACCGAUCUGUUCGAGGGCUUCCAAACGUUUGCGUCCAGGUUCCAGCCGUACCUGCAUUACUGCAUGGAGGAGGAGAGCGGUUUGGAGUACAUGCGCACUCAGCUGAGAGACAACGAGCUCUUCAGGAUCUACAUCACAUGGGCCGAGGGGAACAAGCAGUGCAAUCGGUUGAAGCUGGCCGACAUGCUGGCGAAACCACACCAGAGACUCACCAAAUACCCCCUGCUACUCAAAACCAUCCUGAAAAAAACCGACGAACCUGCAGCGAAAGACUCUCUCCUGAGCAUGGUGGCGAGCGUGGAGCACUUCAUCAACAGCGUGGACUCUCAGAUGCUGCGGAGGCAGGAGCAGCAGAAGCUGACGGCCAUCUCGGCUCGGGUAGAGAGCUACGAGGCGGUGGAGGGAGGCAGCGAGGAGGUGGAGAGGAUCCUGAAAGCGUUUAACCGCAUCGACCUGACGGCUCCUAUGAUGGACGUGUCGUCGGAGGAGACCAGACAGCUCCACCUCGAGGGGGCGCUACGUAUGAAAGAAGGCAAAGACAGCAGGAUGGAAGUCUACUGCAUUUUGUUCACCGACCUCCUGCUCAUCACGAAGCCCGUGAAGCGUUUAGAGAAGGUCAAAGUGAUCCGGCAGCCCCUCCUUCUUCAUAAUGUUGUGUGCAAGGAGCUCAAAGACCCAGGUUCUUUUGUUCUCAUCUACCUCAACGAGUUCAAAAGUGCUGUGGCUGCCUACUCGUUCCAGGCCAACAGCGCCUCCCAGGGGCGAAGCUGGAUCGACACAAUCAGCACUGUGAAGACCCAGCUGCAGCGGCUGCGUGUCGAGGAGGCUCGACGGCACCAGGCUGGGGAAAAAACAAGUUUAGUGAAAGAAGAGGACGAGGAUGGAGGCGAGCAGAGCAGUAACUCCACUUCCAGCUCUCCACGCCUUGGAAAUAAAGGACAACUUAACACAGGGGACUCGGACGGCUCCACAGAGACGCUGUCUGUGAUGGAAACCGAGGAUUCCGGCGCGUGCUCGGACCUGCAAACCGAUUCCGACACGGUACCGUCUUCCCUCCCCAGCAGCGCCGAGCCCCAGCCUUCCCAGCAUGCCCUGGAGGGUCCAGUACUUGACCCAGAGUAUCGCAGUCUGUCCAUGGACAGUGCCUACGGCACACUUUCCCCCGAGUUGCUGCUGGAUCUGCAAACUCGGACGUCCACCAGCGAGCAGGAGAGCACAGAGGAGGAGGCUGAGGGAGACGGGGCGGAGGUAGCGGCGGAAGAGGUAGCGGAAGCGGUAGUGGUGGAGGUAACAGCAGAGGUAGCGGCGGAGGACGAGGAGAAAGCGGGAGAAGAAGAGGAAGAGUCCGAUGACAAGAGCUCCCCGGGCUCUCGAAUUUCAGUAGCAUCCCAUCUGAAACCCAGGCGGCGUCCACCGGUGCAGUCUCGCACACACUGUCUCCAGAAGACUGUAAAUAAGUGUCAUUCAGAGGACAAUCUGCUGCAGCGUGUCAACGGAGAGGACACGCAGGGCGCGGCCGAAGACGUUGCGCAGGGCUCGAAUGCCCCUUACCAGCUGGGUCUGGAGUGGGCAGAUGGGCUGGCACACAGCAAGAGCUUGACCGAACUGAACCUUGCUGACACAGAAAUAUCUCAGCAGAGGGAAACGGAGAGAACGCAGAGCGAGCGACUGGCGCACAGCCUGCCGUCCUAUGUGUUCAGGAACACGCUGAGGCGGCGCAACUACAGAAGGGACAAAAAGAAAGGGAAAAUGGACCACAGCGGCUCAGACGGAGAAAUCGCACCCCCUGGAUCUCAGGAAGGGCAUUGUGGUGCUUCAGAGGAUGAGACGGGCAGUGGGAAGAUAUCACAACAGCACAAGAAGCUCACGCUGUCACAGCUUUAUAAAAUACGCACCACACUGGUGCUGAACUCCACGCUCACAGCCUCGGAAGUGUAGAAUCGACCACUUCGUCACUCCGCCAGCAGCACCACUCUCAGCCUGAUAGGACUGACUUGCUUGCCACAUGAAUGCACUCUAACCAAUGAGCAGAACUCAUGAGCUUUUUGCACUUUUAAAUAAUUCACGUAGCUUUAAUAAGGGGAGGAGCUAAGCUUUAGGAGGGAAAAAAAAGAUCUUGAGCAAGAUGCAGUACCUGGGGAAAAUUCCAGCCCUGGUUUGGUCCACUUGUGCACUUGGACCCGAUCAGUAGAGGAGGAAAGGACGGAGAGGAAGCUGACCAAGUUAAAUCAGAGCACGUGGUUAAAUAAUGGCACCCUGGAUUUCCAGAAAUGUAACUUCACUGUUCAUGUGAGGCGUUUCAAAAGAGUUCAAAGGCACACUUAUCUCUCAAUCACAGUGUUUUUGUUCAAUCUUGACGCAUUGUUCUGCUAUGUCCUAAAAUAAAUACCUCCGAUUUGUGCCCUCACCCCCUCCAUUUCAGACUGUCCUGAUGACUUUCCUGGUCACAUGGUUCUCUCAGUGCUUAUAAUGCUUACUAUGGCAACAAGUGUUCCUCCAGCUGCCAGAUAUGUGUUGGGAAAAGAGAAAGCCAUACGGAAAGAGGUUCGCCUCUCUGACGAAAAAGCAAAACCAAACAUUUGAGAAAUCUGUUCACACGUUCAGUGUUUCUUUUUGUGUGUGUUUGUGAAUGUUAAUGCGAGUGUGUGAGGUUGACUGUGAACAUGUAAUGCCAUCAAGGGUGAGUGUGUGUGUGUGUGUGUGUUUAUGCAAAUCAUGACCUUAAAUACACACUGAAACCAUAAAUAACUAUUUGAAGAUGGCACGGUAAAUAACUAAAACACGUGGACCAGUAUUAACAGUAAAGCAGCAGUGAUUGCUUAUUCAGUGUGUGUACGUUAUAAUCAAUACGGUCUCAUUAUCUCUGCCAAGUUAAUACGCGAGAGUAGCUUCUUUCUCUUUAGUAUCAACGAUAUGAGCGGAACCGAAACUAGAGAUCGUCAGGAUUCCAUACGCGACGCAUAGAAAGUGACGAGCGAAUUUCUUUAUCCUUUAUUAAACUUUGUCAUGAGGUUUUUUUUGCUUUAAGACUGAAGGGCGUGGUCAGGUUUUACGUUCUGAACUAACUGGGAGAAAGGUCCCCAGAAAGGCUUUACUCUCGAGCUGUGUAACACUGCAGUGUUCUCGACAUGCAUCUCCCACUCGUUUUGGAUCUAACGGAGACUCGCCUGAUCGCAGAUCAGCACUUAUUCGGAACCACUUUAGGAAUUUUUGGAGCUAAUUCAAGACACUGAACGUAUAAUAACAGUAUUUGGGUUUAGACUGAAUUGCCUGGUUUCUGCAAGCCUCGCAUUAACAUUAGGGUUAUUUAUGGAAAUAAUGAACAAAUGGCCUACGAUUCUUUUACUAAACCAAAUCCUUAUAAAUGUACUAUUUGUAAAUUUGCCCAAAAAUUAAUAUUGUGCAUUAAUUGUUUACUUCUUAGUUGUUGUUUUUUUUUGUUCAUAAUAUUUAUUAAGCUUGCUUUGUUUUUAUAUAUGAAACAUUGGUUGGUAAAUGUACUGUUUAUUUCAUGACUAUUUUUGUUGUUGUUGUUGUCGUUGUUUUUCAGGUUUAAUUUGUUAAAUUGUCAUUUGUUUAAUUAAGAGGUUAAUCUGCUGAGAACCAAAAUAACCUUGUUCCCAGUGUUGGGGAAAUGGUCCUGUGUGUAAUAAAAAGGCAUCUGAUCUUA